UAGAUAAAAAGAAGAGGAGGAGGGAUGAAGACUACAAAAUAGCAGAUGUUAUUUCAAAAGAAGAAAUCAUAUCGCAAGCUAAGAAAGCUAAAGUGGAGGAUGCGGACAAGAAUCGGGUCCAGAGGAAACUACAAGUGGAGGAUAUUGAGAAGAUGAGCGAUUCAAACCAGGACAUCAAGAACCGUCUGUCUGAGAGGGUGCGGGACAACGCCCAGCAUCUCCUGGAUCAUCACAGGAAGGUGAACGGCCAGCCGGUGCCCGCCCAGCAGCCACUGCUCUUCACCGGGGGGGUCAUGAGGUCGUACCAGAUCGAAGGCAUCGAGUGGCUCAGGAUGCUGUGGGAGAACGGCAUUAACGGGAUAUUGGCAGAUGAGAUGGGACUGGGGAAGACCAUCCAGUGCAUUGCUCACAUCGCCAUGAUGAUAGAAAAAAAAGUGACAGGCCCCUUCCUUGUGGUGGCCCCUCUCUCCACUCUUCCCAACUGGAUCAACGAAUUCAGGCGCUUCACCCCAGAGGUGUCUGUCCUGCUUUUCCACGGUCCCCAGCCGGGAAGGGCCCAGCUGCUUAAGCAGAUCCGCAGGCCCCAGGGGCCCCUUAGCGUUUGUCCUGUGGUUGUCACCUCCUUCGAGAUUGCCAUGAUAGACAGAAAAUACCUGCAG